AUGAAGACUCUUGAUCUUUUCAAAUCACUCUCGCUGAAGCGUGGGCCCCCUCUCAAGAACCGACUCCUUCUUGCACCUCUUACGAACUGGCAGUGCCAUGUUGACGGGACCGUUUCUGAAGACGAGGCUCACUGGCUCGAGCAAUGCGCUGCAGGAGGGUUCUCCAUGGUGAUGACAUGCGCUGCUAAUGUCAGCCCCUCUGGCAAAGCUUUCCCGGGGCAGAUGGGCAUUUACAGCGAUGACCAUUUGCCAGGCCUUAGACGUAUAGCCGAUAUAAUCCGGGCUCAUGGCGCUGUCUCCUCAGUCCAGAUUCACCAUGGAGGCCUGAGAGCCAAUCCCGAGUUCGUCAAUGAUCUUGUUGGGCCGUCAGACAACCCGUCAACCGGCGUGCGUGGGCUGUCACUUAAAGAAGUUGAAGACGUCCGCGACGACUUCAUUGCCGCGGCUCAGCGCGCCGAGGAAGCGGGCUUCGAUGGCGUUGAGGUUCAUUCUGCCUUUGGCUGGAUACCUAUGCAAUUCCUGUCUCCGCUAUUCAACCAGAGAACAGAUAAAUAUGGCGGCUCUCUGGAGAACCGUUCAAGGUUUCUCUUUGAGAUCAUCAGUGGUAUUCGGGCAAAGUGCAAGCCUGACUUCCAAAUAGGCCUGCGCAUAUCUUUCGAGCGGUACGGCGUGCCUUUGGUCGAGAUGCGAGAGGUUGCUGCCAGAGCCAUUAGAGAGGAAGUGAUCGACUACUUGGACUUGGCGGUUUGGGACUGGAAGAAAGUAACCCAGGAGGAGCCUUUCCAGGGACGUACUAUCCUCGGCCUCUUCACCGACCUUCCACGCUCUGCUGUUCGAGUCGGGGCUUCUGGUAAGGUAAUGAGUGUUUCGGAAGCGGCUUCAGUCCUGAACGCCGGUUGUGAUUUUGUCAUGCUUGGCAAAGCAGCAAUCCUCGAACCUGAUUUUCCACGCCGCGCGCAACUGGACUUGGAACAUCGGUCGCCGCAGUUGCCAGUCACGCAGGCUUACUUGAAAGAGAAAGGGUUGAGUGACAACUUUGUCAGUUACAUGCGCACUUGGGAGGGAUUUGUGACGCCAUGA